CAUUUUGAGUCAGUUCCAAGACCCACCAAGGCUCACCUGUCCCCCAAAAGCGGCUCACAGAGGUUCCCAGGCUGCAUCCCCCCUCCUCGUCUUUCCUGCGCUGGUGAGCCAGUCAGCAGAGCAGGCUGAACAAAGCCAUGGGAGAGAGAGGAGCAUUUGGGAAGAAAUGUCUCUCACUGACUCUGUCGCCUGGACAACCGGAGCAUGGCGGGGAUGAAAUUGCAUAGCACAAGUUCAGCGCAUCACAAGUGGACCCAGAAGGCCUGAACGCUCCACCUGUCAUUCUCCUCUCAUCAGGUGCCAGCAUGGAUGUGGAGGAUGAGCCGCUGCUGUUUCAAACCAGCUGGGGAGGGGAGGAGGAGGAUGAAGAGGACGAGGAGGAGGAGGAGGAAGAAGAUGAUGGAGGAGUGCAUGCAGAUAGGCAAAGGUGUUACUCUGAGGAGGCUGGGGUUUGUGGGCUGUGGAGGGCAGUAGGUUGGGUGUACACGCAGCCCUGUGCCAGCGGAGUGGUGUUAGGGGUAGUUGUCCUGCUACCAUGCGCCCUGUUUGCCUACAUGCUCCUCUACUGCCCUCCUCUGGACAUAGACCUCUCCUACAGUGCCUUUGAGGUUCACAGUCACUUCUCGGCCGAGCGCUUCGAUGCCCUCACCAUCGCUGUAAAGACUCAGCUGGGGUCCUGGGACAGACGUAGGCGAGACCUAGAUGACGGAGAGUCGGAGGCCCUGCGGGAGCUUCUGCUGGAGCAGCUGGGCAGACACGGACUGUUCAACAGGACAGAUAACCAAGGCACGAGGUCAUCUACUCCUCAGAAUGAGCCUUCAAAUGCAGGAGAUGAUCAGACGAGGGGAGCAGCAGAUGAAAGGACAGAGCCUCAUUUGGGUCAGGAGGAAAUGGGGAAGCACAAGAGCUCAGAUCACAGAGCCGAGGAGGAGGAAGCGAUGUCGCUGGAUGGAAAUUCCACGUUGCCACUCAUCAGGAGGCGCAGGUUUGCUCCCAAUUACUACAUGCAGACCCAGGCUCUGUGGAGGAUCGAGCUGGUGUUUGUGGCUCAAGGGAAGGGCGAUCGCAACAUCUUCACCCCAGAGCGCCUGCAGACGAUUCACCACGUGGAGCGUCUGCUCAUGCAGCACCCACAGUUCCAUCAGUUCUGCUGGAAGCCUCUGGAGAUGCUGAGGGAUCUUCCUCUGGGACCGUCCUACUGCUCCCCGCCCAGCUCGCUUCUGUCUUACCUGUACCCCAGUGAGAGGGGAGGGAAGAUAUACUAUGAUGGCAUGGGCCCAGACCUUGCUGAUAUACAAGGUUCUCUGAGUCUGGCCAUCACCCACCCACAGUUCUACUGGUACGUGGAUGAGAGUCUCUCCCCCGAGCACCUCUCCUCCUCUCUCCUGCGUAGUGAGAUCCACUUCGGGGCUCCUCUGCCUUCCUACUACUCGCUGCAGGACCGAGCUGACGAGCAAAGAUCCCGCUUCAAAAACUUUGUGGUCCAGUAUGCAGACAUCCUGGCCGAGCAAUCUACCAGCCAGGUGAAGGUGCUGUACGGGGGGACAGAGCUGUUUGACGACGAGGUCCGACACACCUUCCACAAUGACAUGAUGCUGGCUGUCAUCAGCGGAGCCUGCAUCACCGUGCUCGUCUAUGUCCUCACCUCCUUUUCUGUGUUUCUGACGUUCUUUGGACUCGCGAGCAUUGGACUGAGCUGCCUCAUGGCUCUUUUUCUGUACCAUGUUGUCUUUGGUGUGAGGUACCUGGGCAUCCUCAAUGGAGUCGCUGCCUUUGUCAUCAUCGGCAUUGGGGUGGAUGAUGUAUUUGUGUUCAUCAGCACCUUCAGACAGGCGUCUCAUCUGCGUCGGCCGCAGCAGCGAAUGCUCUACACAAUUAAAACAGCUGGCCGAGCUACUUUCCUUACUUCCUUCACCACUGCGGCUGCAUAUGCUGCUAACACCUUCUCUCAGAUCCCAGCCGUGCAUGACUUUGGUCUUUUCAUGGCGCUCAUUGUGAGCUGCUGCUGGCUCUGUGUGUCGGUCCUGAUGCCAGCCGCGCUGUGCGUCUGGACUGAGUGUGUGGAGCCUCAGGAACAUGCCUGGUUGAAUCGCUGGAAGCGAUUUUCAGGCCUGUCAGCAAGCCACAGCCCUUUGUCAGAUGAGGAUGACGAUGUGGCACUCCUGUCAGUGGAGAUGGAGCCAGGCUCCUGUGACACAGACGCUGAUGCAGCCAUUCUUUCCCUGUCAGUGGAGACACCUCCGUCCCCUCCAGGGCAGCGGCAUGUGGGCGUGGUCAGCACGAAUCUCCAGUGGGCCCUGAAGCACUUGGUGGCAGAGCCAGCUGUGAAGCGACGAAAGCUCGUUCUAGGUGUCUUCCUCCUGGUCCUGCUCUUAUCUGCCGGCUGCUGCUGUCUCCUGAGGCCGGCCACACAUGCCCCCCUUCUUUUCCGCCGUGACACGAACCUCCAGACUCUGCUGGCUCUGAGGAGCAACCUCAGCGGUCAAGGCAUCUCCUGCCCGAUGUGCUCAGGUGUGUUCAUGGAGAAGCCACACCCGCUGUACACCCACAUUUCCUCCUCAUCUUUCAAGUUUUCUGCACAUCAGCAGACCCCGAUCACAACAACCGCCACUGCCCCUCGGAGUUCCGUAAAAUCAAGCACCAAUCAAACAGGCCCUUUACUUACGGUGUACAUAACGAAGUUGGACCUCGGAGCCUCUCCAACCCUUUACCGCUUCUCCCUUAACACCAGCACUCCCUCCCCGUGGAAAUCAUGCAGCACAGAGCACCAAGAGGUGUCGUCAUUUCAGGCUUAUAAUCAGCCCCGCAGCAAUUACACCACCAGAAUGACAGUGUGUGUUUCCCAUGUGUACCACCCGUACCCCAGCUGGAUGAUCACAUCCACCUCAUGUGACCCCCGUCAUGGCUGGACGCCAGAGUUUUCCUUUUAUGCAGCAUUGUCUCCGCAGCAGCACAGCAGGAAGCUGUUUUUUGCCCAGCGCCGCCUGAGACCUCACCCAAGCCGAGUGUGUGUCAGCCCUCCUGGCUGUGGCAUCAGUUCUGGGCCUGAUGGACCCACACGGGGAACCUUUUAUACUCCUCUCUCCAGCGAUCCCUCGUCUGCUGCAAAAAAGAAAACAUCCAAAACACUUGGCUUUAACCCGUGCAGCGGCGGAGCAUGUGGCCAUCCAGCGGUGCGUCCUCUGGUCGACACCGGGGCGAUGGUUUUUGUCGUGUUUGGCAUCUUGGGAAUCAACCGAACUGAACGCAGGGACAACCACGUUAUUGGAGAUAUGGGCAGCAUCAUACUGGAUCCAGACUUUGAUAUUUUCCAGGAAAUGGGGCAUCUUUGUCAAAUGUGUAAAUCUAUAAGUGCCAACAAACAACUUGUGAAGCCCGGGGGAGCGCAGUGUUUGCCAUCAGGCAACAAACUGUCAUCUAUUCUGCCUCUGCUUCAUCCUGAGUGUCACUCUCUCCCUGAACCCAACCUGCUCCCGGGGCAGCUGUCCCACGGCGCGGUGGGAAUGCAUGGGGGCAAAGUCCGCUGGCUGUCCAUGGCCUUUGAGUCUACCACAUACAAAGGGAAAUCCUCCUUUCAGACCUACUCUGACUUCCUCCAGUGGGAGAACUUCAUCCAGGAGCAGCUCGCCUCCCUCCCGCAGUCCUCCGCCCUGCAGCGGGGCUUCCAGACCUGCGAGCACUGGAAGCAGAUCUUCAUGGAAAUCAUAGGUGUGGAGAGUGCCCUCUGGAGUCUGCUGCUGUCCCUGGCCAUAUGUGUGGCAGCUGUGUCUGUGUUUACUGCACAUCUUCUGCUGCUGCUGCCAGUGCUCAUAACCAUUCUAGGCGUGAUCUGUCUGGUGGUGGCGCUCAUGUAUUGGCUGGGCUGGGAGAUGGGAGCAGUGGAGGCCAUUUCUCUGUCCAUACUCGUGGGAUCCUCGGUGGAUUACUGUCUGCACCUGGUGGAGGGAUACCUGCUGGCUGGGGAGACCCUUCCCUCCACGUCUGGUUGUAACUCGGAGCCUCCGGUCGAGAGGCAGAGGCGGACCCUGGAGGCAGUGAACCAUGUGGGCGUUGCCAUAGUGUCCAGCGCCGUCACCACAGCGAUCUCCACAGUCCCUCUCUUCUUCUGUGUCAUUGUGCCUUUCGCCAAGUUCGGCCAAAUAGUGGCCAUUAACACCGCCGUCUCCAUCUUGUUCACCCUGACUGUGACUGUGGCCAUGCUGGCCCUCAUGGCCCCUGCCAGCUUCAACAGACCCCCCGGCGCUGUGCUGAAGGCCGGCCUGGCCGUGAUGGCGGCUGCAGCCUUGGGAGCGGCCGUGUGCUGGGUGGGAGGACAGCUGGGAGCGCUGGCCUGGCAAUCAAUCAGCGUUUAAACUACAAUUGUGAGCCAGCUCACACUGAUGUCAGACAGAGGAGUUCCUCUGUAGCACUGCAUUUCCUCCCAUGUUCAGGAGGAAUAUCAGCUCAGUAAAUGAUCUUGAACUUUACAGCACAAAGAUGUCAGAAUCAGUUCCAUGAUUAGAAACUGUUUGUCAUCAUACAAAUCGUUUAAUUUCACUUGCGUUGAUCAGUGGAUUGUAAGAGUUACCCACUGGGUACCUCUUUUAAAAUAUGAUGUGUAAAUGACUGUGACUCACAUGGAGAGUUGACAUGAUGAUUCAGCUGAGGUAUUUCUUUUGAGCUGUUAUCGCCCUCGGCAGAGAGGUGGAGAUGAUCUGAGGAAUAGUUGGGAAAUGCCGGCUGAGUCACAGUUUUAUGUCAGUGUAACUUAUUCAGUUGUGAAGAGCGGAUGACUGUUCUGUGACCUGCUGUCAGGGCGCAGCGCUCUGACGUCCGUGAUGAUUAGUGUUCCUGCUUCACAUGGCUCACGGCCACCUAGUGAAACAUCACUUUUUUUUGUGUUCUCGUAGUUGUGCACUGAAUGUGUUUUCAGCCACAUUUGUAACAAAGCUAAUGAUGUCCUAAUGUGGCUUGAUUUAAAGUUGUACUAGUCAUAUUUAUAUGGAGAGUUUUGUUAAAUGUAAUGUGUGAUGUAAAUGUUCCAGUAAGCUGCUCUCACACAUUCUGAUGCUGCCAGCUCACACUUGUUCUGAAGAGUUGGGCAAUACCACAAGAUGUCAGGGGCGGGAGAAGAAUUAAGAUCGUUAAGUAAAAGUACAAAUACCACACUGAGGAAAUACUCCACUACAAGUAAAAGUCCUGCAUUCAAAACUUACAGUAAAACUAUGGAAGUAAUAUCAGUAAAUCAAAAGUACUAAUUGUGCAGUAAAAAUGUGUUUUGACUGUGUUUGGAUCAAUAUUACAGCUGAAUUUUUUAUGUAUAUGUUGCAUUUUACUGCUGUAGGUGUUAUAUAGACUGUUUGCUACAGCUAUAAGAUAUUCUAUAAGAUCCGAAGAAGAGCAACAACUUGGGUGUUCUGCGCCCUGGCAGUGACCAGGUAAGCUAACACACCACACUAUGACUGGUCUCGAAUCCAAAAGUAUUGUAUUUUCCCAGCUCAUAAACAAUUAAUCCUUCAGAUUAUCAUAAACAUUCAAAGUCACUGUACAGGAACAACAAUUAUUAUCUGGCAGGAACUAGUAACUAAAGCUGUCAGACAUGUAGUGGAGUAAAAAUACAAAGUUUGCACAAUAUUUGCAUCUGACAUAGAGUGGGGUAGGAGUGUGAAGAACAAGCUGAAAAAAAAAGUCUCCUACAAGAUCUACUCAGCCCCAUGCAGGUGGAACGUCUUUGUAGUCCACAAAAACAUUUCUGGAGCUUGACAGCAAAACAACGUUGCAGCAUUCUCCUAAACAACCUGAUUAGAUGGGGGCUCGUUUUAAAACUCACAGCUCCAUACAGCUCAUCAUAUGUACACCAAAAACUGAUUUGAAAAGAAGUUAUUUAAACCCUAAAUCUUCCCUGUAUGUCAGCGUUGUUCAUGGCCCGCUGCACUUGGGUGAGGCCUGCUGAUGACGGGGUCAUCAGCAGGCCUCAGCAGAGUUUGAUGAUGAGCUGUUCAUUUGAAUCAGGUGUGUCAGGGCAGAGAAACACCUUAAACAUGCAGGGCACGUUUUUUUUAGGAGAAUCCUAAAUAGCAUGAAGAUCCAGAAUUAUUUUUUUUGGACUAUAAAACUUAACCUUAUUUUAGAGUAAUUGUUGAUUUUUUUUGGUGGACUUAUCCUUUAAAUUUGCUUUAGAUCAAAAUACUCACAUAAAGCACAAGUACCUCCAAUCUGUAAUAAAGUGCAGUACUUGAAUCAAUUCACUUUAGAUUCCACCCCUGCAAUCAUCCACUUUUAUGACCCUUAGCGUGUUUACAUCUUUGAUCUUAAACUCCAACAAAGUCUCUAUUUUUGUCAUCGGCACCAAUCGAAGGAGACAUCCUGUUCGGGCCCUCAGGUGCACCCUCAGCACGCCCUCCACCGCUCUCGUAAUCACUCACUGUAACAAACUCUGCUCUCUCCUCUGCUCUCACACAGUUUAGAGCACCACUCAUGCACCCAUCGACGCCGGCUCCGGUCUGGCCCGCAGUCAAGGUGAGGGUCAUUUGUCAAACCACAUAACACAGUAACUGUCAGGGAGAGGCACUGACUCAACAAGAGCAGUAUAUUUCUGUUUUGUGUGUGUGUGUGUGUGUGUGCGCGUGUGUUAUUUGUGAAUGUCAAAUAAAACAGGUGCAGAAAGCCUCGGGUCUUCUCUUUUGUGAAAGCUCAGCGUGGUUUUCUUCUGCAUUGUUAUGUAACAGAGCAGGAUGAAGGCCUGCCACUGUUUGCUUGCAGUCACAGUUUACUGAGAGAGCUACAGUAGAGAGAGCGUCACAUCUCCUGUUGUUAAUUAUUCAUGUGAAACGGCUCAGAUUUUUUUAUUGAAUUGCAGCGCAUUAAAGUUUCAUGCCGGGUUAUUAAACAAAAGGAAGCUGUUCAGCAGUCCUGCUCGUCGUGAUGGAAACAGAAGUAGGGAGGAUGUAAACAAAUAUUGUGAGGAGAAGCAGAAAAACCUUGGCAGACUUUUAUCCCAGGGAGUCCCAUUUUAUUUGACUGAGCACCAUUUUAUUGUGUUGCAGUAGAAAAAAGAAAUAGUGUAGCAGAUUAUCAGUACAUCUCCACUGUCAGGUCCAUUUACAUUUGUUUGAAACUGUAGGCGAUUGUUUUAUUCAAGGAGCACUUCUUGCAUGGCGAUUUCAUUUACUUGCAAAUGACAAGUACGUACAGCUGAUGUAAAAAUAAAUAUUUCUCUUAAAGGGUAAGAUGUUAUGUUGCUUGAUCUAGAAAUAAACUGAAUUACAGUCUGUGCUUUGUGGACCACUCAGUUCUUUUCAAUAGAGUUUCUACCUUACCAUGACAAGUACACCCAAAAAUGAACACUCAGUCAUUAUCUGUUUACCUUCAUGCCGAUGGAAAGUUUUGUAGUCCACAAAACAUUUCUGGAGCUUCACAGUAAAACAGCGCUGCAGCAUUCUCCGAGACAACUACAGUAGGUAGGGACUUAUGUUGAAACGUUAAAAAAAACAACAGAAAAAUAAAUCUCUGAAGUGGCUGCACACAGCUUGUUCGGUUUAAUCCAAGUCUCCGGAAGUCAUGAGAUCCAAAAUUGAUUUGAAAAGAUGUUAUUUACAUCCUCGAGAUGAGAUCGUCUAGCCUGAAUCAAGUCUCUGAAAGCCCUGAGAUCUCACAUUGAUUUGAAAAGACAUUAUUUACGCCCCUUUUAAGAAAAAAUCUUAUCCAAGGGUGUAAAUAACAUCUUUUCAAAUAAAUGUGGGGCCUCAAGGCUUCCAGAGACCAGGAUUACACGAGCUGAUGAGCUGCAUUGAACCAUUCUAAGAUUUUUUUACAUCCCCAUCUACUUCAGUUGUUUAGGAGACUGCUGCAACGCUGUUUUACCAUUAAGCUUCAGAAAUGUUCUGUGAAACUCAUUUUUGGGUCAACUUUUUAACCCUCUUUUUAAUUAUACAUAUGUCUGGGUUCACUGUUUUUUUUACUCUGUUUUUACUCUCAAGAACAACAAAAUAUGCAGAAAAAUCUAAAUGACAGCCAUCACAAAUAUGUGAAAUACCAUCAUGAAAAGAAAAUGUGUUUAUGUUAAAAGGUAUGGUGGUAAGGUAACCUUUUUAUCAUGUCUCUUCAUUUCUGAAACACGUUUUGACCCAUUUAAACAGUGUCUCACUUAGACUGUCUUGUUUCAUCUGCAUGUAUUUUGCAGCACUUUUCAUUGGGUUGAGUCGAACGAGGGCCAAUUUCAGUCGUGCCACUCUGGCAGUUUUCUGUGCCGCUCUGCUCGUGUUUUCAUACAAAAGCACACCAGAUUAGAAAUGGAAUAAUUACUGGGGGAGGUAACAUGUACGGGAAUGAAUAUUUAGCAAGGUGGAAAAAGGAAAUGCUUUCAGUCUCAAUUGACAAGCUCCAUCUAUAAAUAGUGUAUCAGAGAUGAGAUGAAGAAAGGAUAUUUAUAUUUUGCUUUGUGUUUUUUUUGUGUGUCUGCUUCAUGUUAGAAAAAGAACUUCUGAAACUCAUUUCAAACACAGAGCACUGUGACAUUUAAGUCCUCCGUUCUCUAUUACUCCUCCUACUCACAGG